AUGGCUGCUGUGUCAGUGGAAGAUGAGAGAGUCAGGUAUCACGCCAGGCGUUUUCAAGAGAAACAAGCAGAAGUUGUUCUGCGUCGCUACGAAAUGAAAAGGCAGCAGAUGGACAGGGCGGUGCUGGAGAAACACGCCUUUCAUGUAGCUUGCUGGGCGGUUGCACUUUCAAAGGAAGCUACGCUGAGUCACAAUGGGCUCUCGGUGGCCAGUGUGUUAUCUGGAUAUUUAGAAGUGCUGCAUGAUGGGCAGCCGCUUUGCACGCACUUGACAGCGAUUUUGGAACUUGUGCGACGCACUUGCAGCACGGGCGUUGGCUCCAUGGGAGCGUUGUUUGGCCAAAUCGACGAGCUGUUGCCGCCCACGGACUUGGCACCUGCUAGCGAAUCUGGCGCAAUGACACAGGAAGCUGUGCUUUUGAUGCAGAGGGCCAUACAGAGAUGGAAGAACAAAGAGCCAGGAGCUCGAGAAUCCUACGUCAGGAAACUGGAACAGGAAUUGGAAGAAUCGGACGACCCUGCUGCUCUUCAAAAGAUUCUGCGCCUUGCUGUGGCUGCCUUGUCGCCGCCCCGACGCAAAGGCGAGACCGCGCCGAGCGGUUCAUCUCACGGUGAGCUGUCAGUCUGUGCAGAUUUGCAAGCCCGUCUUCGGAAACUGGUACUGCUGUGCCUGGAUAACCUGGACUUGGCAGAUGCGUCAGUGGUACCUGCGCUGCAGUGCUUGCAGGCACAUUUGCAGAAGUUCGAGGAGCUAUUGGCCAGUGAAAGCUUGGUGGCCAGCCAAAGGCGUUGGCUUCGGUUACAGGCCAAGUGUGCUGGUUUCCGCAUGACUGAGGCUGGCUCCAGUAGCAUGUCGCAAGCUGCUUCUGCGACAGGGCCAUGCCUUGAUGACACACACGUUAAACGAAGCACGAGUGGGAAGAGCAGGAGAUGCGAGCAUGGCGAGCUGCGGUGGUAUUGUCGCUUCUGCUCUGGCUGCCCGCAUGGCAAGGCAAAGCAGAACUGCACGCAGUGUUGCCCUUGCCCCCAUGGCAAGAUAAUGCGAAACUGCGUGCAGUGCUGCGGCUGCCCACACGGGAAAAUGAGGCAAAAUUGCAAUCAGUGCGGCGCAUGUCCACACGGCAAGCUGAAGCAGAACUGCUCUCUGUGCAGCGCGUGUGCACACGGCAAGCUGAGGCAAAACUGCCCAGAAUGCAGCAGCUGUCCGCAUGGCAAGCUGAAGAAAAACUGCCUGCAAUGCAGCGCGUGUCCACACGGAAAGAGGAAGCGCAACUGCUCGCUUUGCAGCGGUGCCCCCAUGGGAAGGUCAAAUAUGUCUGCGCAAAGUGCAAUGCAUUCCGCACGGCACGCGGAAGCGCCCCCUGACAAAAAAGAUAUCAGACGCGGGUUCUCAGUUCUGGAGAGGUAUCUUGACCCCUGA